AUAAUGUACUACAAUACCCAUGAGGCCUUGCGCCGGACGCGGGAACAUGUUUGCACGUGACGUAUUAAAUUUCAGCCGGGAGAAUCAAAGUACAACAGAAACAGCUUACAGGAGACUGACGUGGACGGAGACAACAUGCAGAGGAACAGCCGUCUGAAACGAGAGCUGCAGAUGCUCAGUACUGAGCCUCCGCCUGGUGUUUCCUGCUGGCAGCUGGACGAGAGAGUGGAGGAGCUUCAGGCCCAAAUUGUUGGAGGUGCCAACACUCCAUAUGAUGGUGGGUUGUUUACACUGGAAAUAAAGAUCCCUGAUAGGUAUCCAUUUGAACCUCCAAAAAUGCGUUUCCUGACUCCCAUCUACCACCCCAAUAUUGAUAAUGCAGGCCGGAUUUGUCUUGAUGCGCUGAAAUUACCACCCAAGGGUGCAUGGAGGCCCUCACUGAACAUCUCCACAGUGCUGAGCUCAAUACAGCUUCUCAUGGCAGAACCGAACCCUGACGACCCAUUAAUGGCAGAUAUUUCCUCAGAAUUUAAAUACAACAAAGCAGCUUAUUUGGAAAAGGCCCAAAGAUGGACAGCAAAAUAUGCAACACAAAAGAACAAGGGUCAUGUGGAUACAGACCAAAAGAUUCUCGAAGACAAGCGCAAUAAAUCAGCACCAAAGAGAGAAGCACUUUCAGCACAAGAGAAUGUGGAACCCCCCAAAAAAGUGUGCACAUAGUUGUGUUAGUGCACUAGUUGUUUUAGGAUUAUUAUGUUUAUUUUUUGUCGUGUGUGCAUAUUUUCAACGUGUUAAUAAAAUCAGAUAUUAAACAUUA